CAGAGCUCGGCUCUUUGUUCUUCUGGCGACUGGAAGCUCUGCUUUCUGAAGGUUCUGCUCUUUCUCAAGAAAGGAGUCUAGAAGAAGCAGCAGCAGUAAUGACUUCUGGGUUUCUGGCAGCCAGGAUGCAGGAGUCGGUGACAUUCAAGGAUGUGGCUGUGGACUUCACCCAGGAGGAAUGGAAGCAGCUAGACCCUGCCCAGAGGGACUUAUACCGGGAUGUGAUGCUGGAGAAUUACAGAAACCUGGUCUCACUGGGACUUCCAGUUUUUAAACCAGAUGUGAUCUCCCAGCUGGAGAGAGGAGAAGCACCAUGGACUCCAGAAGUCCCAAGAAGCACUUAUUCAGGUUCCUUUAAUCAGGAAACUAAAUGGGAAAACAAAGACUCAACUCCAAAACCUGGGUUUUGUAUAGGAGAGCCAUCUAAGGAACUUCAGGUCCCACAAAAUGGAUACUGGGAUUUCAAAUUGGGAUCAUCUUGGGAAUAUGAUGUUAGAUUAGAGGGGGAUUCAGACAACCAGGAAGGACAGCCUAGACAAGUGGUAUUCAUUCCCAGAAAAGAUUCUAAUAAGGUGAAUGUUAAUGAAGGUAAUGCUUAUGGUUUCAGUCUAGAGUCAAUUCUUGAUCCACAACAGCUGUUUGCUACAGGGAAAAGUCUACAUCAAUGUGAUAUGCUUGAAAAAAGCUUCAAACAGUUUUCAGAACUGAUUAAGUGGAAUAGAAUUUCCUUAGGGAAAAAGCUUUUAAAGUAUAAUAAAUGUAGGAAGCCCACGGGUUACCACUUAGAUUUGGUUCAAUAUGAUGGAGUACAUAUUGGAGAGAAACUUUAUGAAUGUAAUGAAUGUGGGAAAGCCUUCAACUGGAUUACACACCUUACUGAACAUCAGAGAAUCCAUACUUUAGAGAAGCCCUAUAAAUGUAAUGAAUGUGGGAAAGCGUUCAGCAAACACUCCUACCUUAAUCAACAUCAGAAUGUUCAUACUGGAAAGAAACCUCAUAAAUGUAAUGAAUGUGGGAAAAACUUCAGUCAGAGGGGACACCUCACUGAGCAUCAGAGAAUUCAUUCUGGAGAGAAACCUUACAAGUGUAACGAAUGUGGGAAGGCCUUUGGCCAGAAGGCACAUCUUACUGAACAUCUGAGAAUUCAUACUGGUGAAAAACCUUAUCAGUGUAGUCAAUGUAGAAAAGCUUUUAGCCAGAACUCAUCUCUUAUUCUGCAUCGGAGAAUUCAUACUGGAGAGAGACCUUUUGAGUGUAGUGAAUGUGGAAAAGCCUUCAGCCAAAAGGGACAUCUUACACAACAUAGGAGAAUUCACACUGGAGAAAAACUCUUUGAAUGCAGUGAAUGUGGGAAAUCUUUCAGCCAUGGAUCGUCCUUUACUUAUCAUCAGAGAAUUCACACUGGUGAGAAACCAUAUGAAUGUAAUGAAUGUGGGAAAGCCUUUAGCCAGAAUUCAUCUCUCACUCUACAUUAUAGAAUUCAUACUGGAGAGAAACCCUUUGAAUGUAAUGAAUGUGGAAAAGCCUUUAGGCAGAGGGGAAAUCUUACUGAACAUAUGAGAAUUCAUUUGGGAGGAAAAUCUCUUUAGUGUCCUGAGGGCGAGAAAGCCUUCAGUCACAAAGUGAGAAGUUACUGAGCUCUGGAGAAGUCACACCUGUGAAGAACCUCAGUGAAAUGAUUGAAUGAGGGUCAUCAGCAUCAGUUAUCAGUCCAUUCCUAACCUCCGAUAAUUCAUACUAAAGAGAGAGCCCUGUGAAUGUGUCAACCAUGGGAAAACCUUUAGGAUCACGCAUCAGAGACUGCAUGCUGGAGCUUACCUCUAUGUAGCAAGGCUACAAGGAAAACUUGAAGACCUAGUAGGAGAUAGGGACUGGAUCUGUGAUUUCAUUGGUAUGAUGAGCGCCUGAAUGAGUUCGCUCCUCGACUCGUACAAGUCAGCCCCUCCUCUGCAACUCACAGUGUUUGCUGGUUUCCUGGGGCCCUGCAAGAUUGGGGGGCUCGCCUGGGGUCACAAAGCCAGUGUGUAUCUGGGGGGGACCAGAAUCCAGGUCGUCCUGGUUUCCAGCCAGCAUUCAUCUUUACACUACACCACACAGGGAGGGUAAAGAUCUAUGGUUUGUGACCAUCUAUAAUUUGUUGGUCAUCCAUCUUUUCUGUCUCCUCUCUUCUGUUAGCCACAUUACUUGCCAUUGGGUAACUGCAGAGUCAACUGUGGUGAACCCAGCAUGUAGGCUAGUUCAGGAGCUGCAGUCAUGCCUAAGCCAUUACAGUGUUCUUUAGUGAACUGGUUUAACUUGUAAUAACUUGUUAGAACAGAAGAGAAAUAACCUCAGCUGGCUUCCCUGCUUGGGGGGUGUCUUUGUAUGUGUUCACAUUUGUGUUUGUAUGUAUGUGUGUAUAUGUGUGGGGAGAAGUUGCUUAGAGACUGCUUAUAUAUGGGAGAUGAAAAUAUUUUUCCCGGGCCUACAUGGGUCUGGUUUAAUCGUCCUGCCCUGAAGCAUCUAGAGUCAGAACUGGGAAGGCCUUUAAAUUAGAUCACUGUUACCAGUGGUAAUUAAGAAUGGGGCUGAGAACAAAGGAGGGUCUUGUAUACUACUUCCUGAAGCUAGAAGAGAUGGAAGUUUCAAGGAGAAACCGGUAUGAGAGAGAAUCUAUGAGCUUUAAGCAUAACUAAUAGGAUCUGUUUAGGAGUUAUUGGAAUGACCCUGGGUCUGCAGUUAAUCUGCAUGUGUUCAAGGCCACUCUAAAUGAUGUCAAGGCAUAGAUUAUUAGGUUCAGUUUUUGGUGGGCACAAGAUUUUUAUUAGUCACCUGUACACGGGGUUCUGGUGCCUGAUAGGCUUUGAUGGGCUUGCAAAUCUGCAGCAGAAGCAAAGCCUUAUUAGAGAAUUUUAUUCUGCUAUCCACUUGCUCUCCCUCUUGAUUUUUCCUUAAGUUCCUCCCUAACAAUACUCUAUAUUCCCACCCAAUCACCCAUCCGCAUGUGCUCCAUUACAGCCUUGUACUUUUUGGUUCAUCUUGAAAUAAAGCACAAUGUCUUGAUCUUAGAAAUAGUCCCCAUGCCCAAAUAACACCUUUGCUCCAUUUUCCCUUUUUUUUCUUAUACCUCUGAAUAUCCAGGGCAAUAGUAGUAGUAAUAAUUGAUGUUUGUCAUGCUCUCAAAUGUUCAGAGAGCUUUGCACACAUCAUCUCACAUGAGCCUCACAACACCACCACAAUAGCACUCUAGCUCCCAGUACGUAGAUCCCCACCCCCUCAGCAGUAAUCAAAAUACAAAAAAAGCCAUCACGUCAUUCCACCUUGGGUUUGCAACUCCAUAAUAAAGCGGGCCAGGAUCAAAGAGGCAAAACCAGUCUCUGGAAGUGAAUGUUACUUUAAUCCUGAGCACUAGAGGUCUUCUUUGAAUCCCACCCCUGCUAUUUAUGACCUUGGCUAGGAUACUUUACCUUAAUAGGCCUCAGUUUCCCCUUAAGUAAUAUGAGGGGGUUGGUAUAGCUGGACUCAAGCUCCCUUCCAGCUCUAAAUCUAUGAUUUUAUGAAGCUUUUCCCUUUUAUUCUAUCAGCCCUUCAGGUAAAUUGGAGGGGAGAAAGGUACUGGGAUCAUCUCUCAGCAGAUUUCAGGAAAAACCCUUGGAGGGGAAGGAUCCAAAGUGCUGUUAGCAUGUCUCUUGUGUCUAUGGCAUAUAUGUGCUGACUGGGACUCGCCAUGCUUGGGCCUUCCCUUGGGGAAUCUUCAAAUCUCACUCUGUAUAGUCCUUCCCUUUCUACCAGAUAGAUAGAUUACGCCUCUUUAGACGAGAUCUUGCCUAUCUUCCUAAAGAUGCUUCACUUGCUAAUAAUUUUCUUUGCCUUUUCAGCUGCUUAAUCUCUGCUUUUUUCCCCCUCUCAUUUCUAUACACUUCCCAUUUAGUAGUCCUGAUUGCACGGGGCUUCAUUCUAUUUUUCUUUUCCCAUAUAGUUCAUAUUUCUGCAAAUUUUUUUUUUUAGAUUUGGGGAAAAUGACUACCCUGACUAGUCUCAAUACAUUAUCUUCAAGAUAAUAGCCACUCUUAAUUUUUCUUCCUCCAUCACUUGAAGGCUUGGCUGCUGUAGCUGCCAUUAAAAUUCACCCAUCCCCAUUUCUCCAGGAUGCAUGGAGUCUUGACUCCCCCCUCCCUGGAACAGGUCUUUCUCUGCUGCAACCAGGUUGAAGUGAUGGGCUCCAUGAAGCCUGCCUUUGCUGCUCAUAUUACUAUUAUGAGAUUCUCCUCACCCCUUGGCUAGACUACCGUAACUAGUCUUCUAUCUGGUGUCUCUGUUUCUGAAAUAACAUUGCUAAUCUGUCCUUCAUGCAAUUGCUUUGACCUUUCUCAUGCACAAAUCUGACCAAAAUAGUGUCCUGGGCAAAAAGCAUCCUUGGCUUUCCAAUAUCUCUAUAAGAGUCAGAACUCUUCAGUCUGACUCCUUCAUUUCCAGCCAUAUUUCCUGCUACUUAAUCUUUGCAUAGAAAGUUAUUACCAGAUUUUUCCUACUGACAGUCCCAAAUGAUGUCGGUUUUUUCACACCUCUGGGCAUUUUUCUGUAGACUGUUCUGCAUGCCUGAAACACCCUCUGUAUCCCUUUUUAAAAUGCGUUUUCCUUAAAGGCCUCGAUUGGGUGUCAUCACCUAACGGAUCACAAAAAGGGGCAGGAGUAACUCACCCUGCACCCAUCCCAAUCCACCCCAUCUGAAAGUGGCCUCUCAGCCUCUGCCCAGAUCCUGCCUUUGCCCUCACCACAUUCUACCUUAUAUAUUAAUAUACAUGUUGUCUUAGUCCCUUUAUAUUGUAAAUUCGUUGCAUGCUGUUUUUCCAUUUUUGUAUUCCCAGUUCCUUGGACAAGGCUUUGUAAACAUAAUAAAUUGUUCUUGAAUUAUU